UGUACUAGUAUUAAACGAACUUCAAGAUUUUUCUUAUUUAUAAGUAAUGGUCAAAAGUGAGAAAAAACUUAGCAGUGCAGUACCGCUUCCUUUUCAUUAAUUUCAUUUCCACGAGUACAACAGAGAAAGCAAAGGAAGUUUUAACAGAAAAGCAGACAUGGCUGCUGGACUCCAUUCUUGCAUUUUCUUCUUUCACACGUUAGUUGUCUUGGAGUGUGUUUGUGGCAGUAGAGCCAGGAAAAUUGCUGAAGAACCCUUAAAUGUUCAUGAUCAUAAAGAGACGCGCGAGAUGCUACAAACAACCAGGCACAACCUUAAUGCUCCGAUCUACGCACCAGACAGCGACAAUCUCGGCCGCAAGCAUGUAGCAAAUGGAGUGCCGGAAAAGCUUGAUCAAAUGAGUCCAUCUGUGUCGUCGGAUAAAGAUCAUAUGUACGAGCUUGCAGUAAAGGUUUUCUUCACCGACAAACAGAUCAAACUUGGGAACAGGAUUCCAAUCUAUUUCCCCGUCGUAGAGCCUUCUGCCAGACCCCCUCUACUGUCUAGAGAAGAAGCUGAUUCCAUUCCGUUUUCAUCGUCCCAACUGCCGUAUCUUCUCCAUCUCUUUUCCUUUUCCCAAGACUCCCGCCAAGCCAAAGCGAUGAUAGAUACACUGAGCCACUGCGAAUUCAAACCAGCGACAAAGGACGCCAAGUUUUGCGCAACGUCCCUGGAAUCCAUGCUUGACUCUGCACGUGAGAUCCUGGGAUCAAAAGCCCCACUGAAAGUUGUAACUACGAAUCACCUAACAGAACAAACCUCUAGCAUAUUGCAGAACUAUACAAUCCAGGAUGAACCCCGAGUGAUCUCGCCUGCCAGAAUGGUAGCAUGUCAUGUUCUGUCUUACCCUUACGCAGUCUUCUACUGCCAUACUAAAAAGGAUAACAAGCUUCUCAAGGUUUCGCUUGUGGGCGAGAAUGGAGGAAGAGUGGAUGCUGCAGCUGUUUGUCAUAUGGAUACCUCGGAUUGGGACCCUAAUCAUUUAGCAUUUCGUGUCCUGAAAACUGUGCCCGGAGGCUCUCCUAUUUGCCAUUUUCUCCCAGAGAAUAAUCUUGUGUGGGUUGCAUCGACUCCUGUUUAUUAAUUUUAGCCAGUUUUGUAAAUUCUACAUGUUUGGAGUGCUAAUCCCAGUACUCUCCCGAAAUGAAAUCUACCUGUUGUGCAAA